AUGUUCCCGAUUCUAGAUCCCAAGGCUCCACCAUUCAUCCUGGACACCGACGCUAGCAGCCCCGCCAUAGGCGCAGUCUUAUCCCAACGUGGAACCAAUGGCGCAGAACACGUCAUAGCGUACGCAAGUAUGGCCUUAGAUAAGUCCGAAUGGAAUUACAGCACCACCAGACGUGAAUCUUUAGCUAUUGUGGCGUUCACUAAAAGUUUGCCGUGUACCUGGAAGGGGAACCUUUGUGAUCCGAUCCGACCAUCAGGCUCUCACCUGGGUUAA